CAACCCGGCACCUGCCAACAUGGAAGGUGGCAACUGCAGUACUGCUGUGGCUGGUCGCGGGGCAUCGGGUUCCGCGGCGGCCGGGGCCACUGUCCGGGAACUCCUGCAGGACGGUUGUUGCAAGACAUGAAGAUUUACUGGCUCAAGCAACGGGGAUUGAGUCUUUGGAAGGUGUUCUUCAGAUGAUGCAGACAAGAAUUGGGGCUUUACAGGGAGCUGUUGAUAGGAUGAAAUCAAAAAUUGUUGAACCAUAUAAUAAAAUAGUAGCCCGUACUGCACAACUGGCAAGACUUCAGGUUGCCUGUGAUUUGCUUCGGAGAAUUAUUCGCAUCCUGUAUCUUAGUAAGAGACUCCAGGGACAACUGCAAGGAGGAAGUAGAGAGAUAACAAAAGCUGCUCAGAGUCUUAAUGAACUGGAUUAUCUUUCUCAAGGAAUAGACCUUUCUGGAAUAGAAGUAAUAGAAAAUGAUCUACUUUUUAUUGCAAGAGCUCGACUUGAAGUGGAAAAUCAAGCUAAGCGUCUGCUGGAGCAAGGUGUGGAGACACAGAAUCCAACUCAAGUGGGAACAGCUCUUCAUGUUUUCCAUAACCUCGGAACUCUGAAGGAUACUAUCACCAGUGUUGUAGAUGGAUACUGCGCUUCUUUAGAAGAGAAUAUCAACAGUGCCUUAGACAUAAAAGUUUUGACUCAGCCUCCCCAGUCAGCUGUGAGAGGAGGUCCUGGACGGUCAACCAUGCCAACCCCAGGAAAUACUGCAGCUUUCCGUGCCUCCCUCUGGACCAAUAUGGAGAAACUUAUGGAUCAUAUUUGUGCUGCUUGUGCACAGGUCCAACAUCUACAAAAAGUAUUAACUAAGAAGAGAGAUCCUGUUUCUCACAUUUGUUUCAUUGAAGAAAUAGUUAAGGAUGGACAGCCUGAAAUUUUAUACAUGUUUUGGAAUGCAGUUACUCAGGCACUUUCUUCUCAGUUUCAUGCAGCAACAAACUCAUCUAUGUUUUUGAAGCAGGCCUUUGAAGGUGAAUACCCUAAGUUAUUACGUCUUUAUAAUGAGUUAUGGAAGCGUCUUCAACAGUACAGUCAGAAUAUCCAAGGAAAUUUCAAUGGAAGUGGAACUACUGACCUCUAUGCUGACCUCCCACACAUGGACGAUGACACACAAGACAUGUUCAUACCAAAAAAAUCAGAUUAUGAUCCAGAAAAGGCUUUAAAAGAUUCACUACAACCCUAUGAGGCUGCUUAUCUCUCAAAAUCCCUAUCUCGACUCUUUGAUCCCAUCAACUUGGUUUUUCCCCCUGGUGGGCGUAAUCCUCCAUCCUCUGAGGAACUUGAUGGCAUCAUUAAAACCAUAGCAAGUGAACUCAAUGUAGCUGCUGUUGAUGCAAACCUCACAUUAGCUGUGUCAAGAAAUGUGGCAAAGACCAUCCAGUUAUAUGGUGUAAAAUCAGAGCAGCUUCUCUCUACACAAGGAGAUGCAAGUCAGGUGAUUGGACCUCUCACUGAAGGGCAGAAGAGAAAUGUGGCAGUGGUGAAUUCCCUGUUUAAGUUGCACCAAUCAGUAACAAAGCUGGUUGCCAGUCAGAACUCAUUCCCACCAGCAGCUGAGCAAACUAUAAUUUCAGCCCUAAAGAUGAUUCAUGCCCUUAUGGGGAAUGCAGUGCAGCCCUUACUGACUUCAGUGGGAGAUGCGAUAGAAGCCAUAAUCAUCACCAUGCAUCAAGAAGAUUUUUCUGGGUCAUUAUCCAGCUCAGGAAAGCCUGAUGUUCCUUGUUCUCUGUACAUGAAGGAGCUACAAGGUUUCAUUGCCAGAGUUAUGAAUGACUACUUUAAGCACUUCGAAUGCUUGGAUUUUGUCUUUGACAACACUGAAGCUAUUGCCCAAAGAGCCAUUGAACUUUUUAUCCGCAAUGCCAGUCUCAUAAGACCUCUUGGUGAAGGUGGGAAAAUGCGACUUGCUGCUGAUUUUGCACAGAUGGAAUUGGCUGUGGGUCCAUUUUGCAGACGAGUAUCGGAUUUGGGAAAGUCCUAUCGAAUGCUGAGGUCAUUCAGACCACUGCUCUUCCAGACAAGUGAACAUGUGGCUGAUAGUCCCGCACUGGGAGACGUUAUUCCAUUCAGCAUUGUUAUUCAGUUUUUGUUCACAAGAGCACCCGCUGAGCUGAAAUCUCCCUUCCAGAGGGCUGAAUGGUCCCAUGCUCGAUUUUCCCAGUGGCUGGACGAUCAUCCAUCCGAAAGGGACAGGCUCCUCCUUCUCAGGGGAGCCCUGGAAGCUUAUGUUCAAUCAGUGAAAAGUAGAGAAGGCAAAGAAUUUGCACCAGUUUACCCCAUUAUGAUUCAGCUGCUUCAGAAAGCUAUGUCUCUUCAGUGAUGUGCAACCUGUUCAUCUCCACAUGGCACUAACCCAUUCAAAGGUGGCAGUUAGAUACACUGAGUGCUACUAUCUACUAAAGAUCAGUUGACUCUUCUGUAUUUCCUGUUGAUCUAUUGUUUACCUCUAGCACUUCUACUAUGCCAAAUAGAUUCAUCAGCACAACCUUUAAA